GCCAACCUCAACCCUCGUCUUUGUCCUUCUGGGCGCUUCGAUCCAUGUCUGGCGGUCAAUACAGCUGCCUAAUAUCCUCUGUGAAUGCUAUUUCUUGUUGCCGGCAUAAUAUCACUCGUUUUAGUCUCUUGAAUAGGGCUUUGUAGCACACCAUCUUGCCAGCGGAUUGCAUCUAAGUCAGUCGACAUGUUUUGGCUGAAGAUACUCCCGUCAUGAACCUCUCUAUUUUCACUAGUUAUCGAUGAGCGUCUCUCCCACAAGCCGGUUUCCCAUUAAAAUUCCACCCCAAACCUACUCACCAUGAGCUUCCUUAACUCGGUCCUCUCGUCGAUUGAGACAGGCGACAUAACCCCCACCGUCACUCCUGCAGCCCGGAAUCCUGUGUCACGCCCUGCAUCUUCGGUUUCCAAACCCAGCUCUACUCCAUCCUCGACGGCGCAAGCCAACUCGCGCACAACCUCGGGACAAAAGCGGAGAGCUGAGGAUGAUGUUCGGCCGGUAGGAAAUCCUCAUAAAGUUUCCAGGUCUUCGUCUCCCCUGAGAUCAACCCCCCAAAAGUCGACUCCAGCCCCGUCCUUGGUUACUAAACCGCGCUCUGUCCAAAAAUCGGCGGCCCCCAGGUUGACUACAAAGCAGCCAUCCACAAGCACCCCAAAAAAUGGCCCACAACCCGCCGUUUCCCCAGCCAAGCCCCCUCCUAAAGGUUCUUAUGCAGAGAUGAUGCUUCGGGCCAAGGCCCUGCAAGAGAAAGCCCCUACGCAGCUUGGAAUGAUUAAACAUCACUCAAUAGCCAAAGAAAAGCAACUUCAGCUCAAACGAAAAGCAAUGGAAGCGAAGCCAAAGGGACUUGAAGUGGAGAAAAAUAAGAAGAAUGGAACAGCUACACAAGCCAAGUCGCCCAGCGCUAGUGGACAGCAGGCAGCCAAAACAAGCGCGGCAAGGGCUGCUUUGUUGAAAAGCCGCGGAGAAUCGGAAUAUAAAGGAACUGCGCGCCCGCCUUCUGCCCCUCCAGUUCUGGAGUAUAAAGGCACCUCAGGCCUCCCCAGCCGUCGUGCUUCUAGCCAUGGUCGCGGCACGAAGAAGGGCUCUCGUGCGCCUGUACGCGAUGAAUACUUAGGUACGGACGAAGAAGAUGAAGGCGACUUUUACGAUGAUUACGAUGAAGCAGGCUAUUAUUCGGGCGAAUCAACGGACAUGGAAGCUGGCUUGAUGGACGUUGAGGAGGAAGAGCAACGUGCCUUCAGAGCAGCCAAACUUGAAGACGAACAAGAGCGCCUGGCUGAACUGGCGGCCAAGAGAGAGAAAAUGGAACGGAAGAAGAAGCUUGAUGCUCUUGCCCAGAAGUCUCGGCGCUAAUGUAAUUAAUAUACAGCCAUCCGAAAAAUCGAGAGAACUGCGUGCUCAAGCCCUCUCUUUAUAUGUUUUUGUAUGUUUUCUAAUCUUUAAGUCGUCAGGCUCAAACGGAUUUCUGGAUUUGGAUGGAUGCGAAUGGUUCGCUCUAUACUUGUUGGUGUCCAGACCUCGCAGUUAUUGGAGGAGAGGAUAAUUAAAUCGCCUAGGCGGGGGUCUUUAGAGUCGCUUCUGUCGUGAUCACCUCGCACUUCCUUUUCUUCCCUUUUCUUCCCUCUUCUUCCCUUUUCUUCCUAUUUUACUUUAUAUCACAUUACCCCUUUUAAUCGUUUUCCACUCACAUUUUCUGGAGUUUUCCUCUCAUCGCAUCUUGUUUGGUACUGAGCCAAUUUAUUUUUGCAUAGCGAAGCGAGUUUUAAUCCUUGUCCUUCUUCAUCCCAUUAGCUAGUUGAAUUCAAUAUCUACAUCAGACUAGUACUCCUGAGGGAUCUAGGUUAUUGAAAAUAGAUAUCUUUGGCCCUUAAAAAAGAGUAAUUAUUCCAAACCACCCAAAAACGAUGUAACCCCGCUCCACCCAUCGUUAUUUAAUCUUGACAAUUCAUCGUCCGCUACUCGUCUCAAGUUUUGCAUCGCACUAUUAACCGCCAUCUUGUUUUGUCGGCGUCCAUCAGCUGUCUUGAAGUCGGCCCCGUGGCGCAUCAUGUCGUCGCGAAUUCUCUGAAACUCCGC